CUAUAGGAUAUCGUCGAAAUGACGUAUAUUUUAAAAAUUUGAUUAGCAUUUGAUUAAAUAUCGACAAAAUUUUAUAUUCGAUUUGUAAAUCGACUAACAACCAACUUCUCUUCAGUGAGGUAUCUGGCAAUUGAUGACAGGUUUUCGGUGAUUCCUCGUUGACGUUUGACAUUUAUGUACAAGGUGCUACUUACUGUGUAUAUGUCGUGACAACACGUUAAAAGAGAAAAGUCGAGGACAUUAUGGAGGAUGUCCAUGGACAACUACAGACCAAAUACCAUAAGAUUGUUACGGAAUAUUCUAAAAUCCGUGCUCAAGCAAAUGUUCUAAAAAAUGCUGUGAUUGAAGAACAGAAACGUAAUGCAGAUAUUCGCGAACAAUUGAAAGAGAAGGAAGUAGAACUUCGGAAAGCUGAACAAGAAUUAGACAGUUUGUCAUUUCGAAAUCAACAAUUGACUAAACGUAUAACUGUAUUACAAGAGGAACUUGACAAAACGCAAAUCAAAUCGAAAAAGGGAAAAAGUAAAUUAUUAGAAAGUAAUAGUCAAAUACCAGUACAUCCAAAUCAUAUUCUAGAUGAAGAGUUUAAAAAAAAAAUAGUUGAGAAUGCUCAAUUAUUAUCGCAAAUCAGCGACAAAGAUAGCGAAAUUGAAAGUUUAAAUAAUAGGAUUCAAGAGCUACAGUAUAAAUUAGACCAUUGUGAAAAAUCUAAAGUUGAAUUAGAAUGUCAAUAUCAAAGUACAAUAGAAAAACUAGAAAGAGAAAGAAACGAUUUGCAAAAGAAGUUAAAUGAAAAACAAAAGCAAGAAGAAACUGUUUCAUGGUCUAGUAAUGAAGGUAAACGAGACGGAUAUGAUUUUGAUACUAGACUAGGACUCUCUAAUCAUCGUCAAACUGAAUUGUCUCCAUUUUCGUCGCCGUUGGCUUCACGUAGAUCAUCAAAAUCUAUCGGCGAAGGUAAACCUCAUAAAACACAAGAGGAAACCAAUGAGUUUGAAUUUUCAAAAUUGUGCGACAUAGAAAAAGAAAUGAAUUACUGGAAAGCGCAGUACCACAUACUUAAAAUAAAAUGUGACGAAGUAGAACAAAAAGAUUGUUUAAAUAGCGUGCAGAUUGAAAAUGAGCCAUUGCAACUAACAAAGAUAGAUCAUAUGAUUGGAAGAUUAACAGUACCUUUCGCGAUACCAGAGGAAAUCGAAGCCCGGGAAGCAAAAAUAAGAGAUUAUUUCCUACAGGAGAUCGAUAAGUUAAUAAUGGAAAAACAUAUUUAUCAUGCUAAAAAUUUGGCUAUGGCUGCUAAUAGCGAAGUUAUGCAAGUUCAUUUAGAUGCAAGCGAAUCAAAGAGGAAAAAAUGCGAGUCUGCACUCACAGAAGCAAAUUGGAAUACUUCGGAAAGAGAUAAAGAGAUACAAGAAAAUUAUAAAACGCAACUUAUUACUAUGAGUGAACAUCUCGCAAACAUGAAUGAGAAACUAAUUUCUCAAACGGAAGAAAUACAACACUUGAAGUUUGAACUUGUAAAGAAUAAUAAAAAGGGAAAACAGAAGUGAUAUAGGUUAAAUUACAAGUUAGCAAUUGAUAACAUUCCACGAGCAACAUUAAUUAAUCAGAACUAUUGGUAACUUUAAUUUCAUGUACAUAUGGUUAGACCUAAUGAACACUAAUUACAAUUGUUGAUCAUAUUCUUACUAAUGUACUAAAGGAUUUCUGAAAUUAGUAUAAUAUUAUUUAUGAAAUUAAAAUAAGAAUUAUUAUUAACGUUCAUUACCUGAACGUUUAUAAUACAUAAAAUUACAUUUUAUGUAGAAUCAUAAAAUACACGGUAUUAUCAUUUACACAUA